CUAAUCAGCUUCAACUUCUGCCGGUGUGUGACGUCACUAAUUAGGUCCUAAAUAUAAAGUAUUGUUAGUGUGUUGCAUGCCAUGCUAUCGGAGCAGGGUAUUUUAAUCAUAAAAUGGAUGAGCAAAAUGUAGAGAAGUGUGGCUCAGCUAUCGGCGAACAUGCUUCGAACACAUUUUAUAAAGCUAUUAAAUUUUCAAAAAAUGGUCAAUAUAGAAUUUUAAGCCUGGGUGAAUUUUUCUAUAUCAAAAUAACAAAAUUGAGAGAUGUCUGCGUGGGGGAGCUACAGAUGAUUUGGACAAACAAGCAAGAUGAAAAACAGCUCGUAUGCAGUGUACGGCUUUAUUUAUUACCUGAACACACCGAUGCUGGGAGAGAGGAUGUACACGGAGAGGAUGAGAUCCUGGCAAUGUCUGAAAGGCUGAUUCUGAAGGCUGGAGACCUGGUGCCGCUGCUGAUUGAGAAUGUUACGUGGACAUUUGGCCGACACCUGUAUCAGGAGGACAACGUCAAGGCACACGAGGAGGAAUUCAGAAACAUCUUUGUCUGCAACAAGAAGGGUCUCAAUUUCUCUGAUGUGGAGAAGGAAAAAGAGGAUAUAGGUGACAAAGGGGAUUUGACAUCAACGCCUUUAACAAUCCUCAGUUUUUCACAGUACUGUAGAUACAGAACAGUCCUAAAGCGACUUGAGAACAUGGUGGACAAGUGGUUGAGGAAUGCCAUUAUUUGUGCCAUCGGUGGAAUUGUAAUGAAAUCCAAAAAUGCCAGAAUUAUGUUCUGUAAAACGACAGUGGACGUUCCUGAACUGGACGAUUUGGAGAUCAGAUGCGACCACUUAGCUCCCUCACUGAAAGGAAGACCUCGGAAAAAGAAGUCGCUAACAAGAAGUGACUCGGACAGCUAUGAGACUUCCUCAGACACCUCCACACCGGUUAGGAAAAAGUAUGUCUUGUCUGGAAAGCGAGAAUCAGCCCUACGAAAUGGUUUAAAGUUUGACAACAGUCAAGUCAGCACUGAGGAACAAGAGUUUCUGUUUAAUCUUCACCGCUUCAUGAAGAAGAGAAACACCCCCAUCUGUCGAAUACCCUCACUCGGAUUCAAACAAGUGGACCUUUACUUUUUCUACACUUAUGCUCAGAAACUCGGAGGAUAUGAAAUGGUGACACAGAAGAGGUUAUGGAAACACCUUUAUGACAAAUUGGGAGGAAAUCCAGGAAGUACUAGUGCUGCCACCUGUACACGACGACAUUAUGAAAAGUUACUACUGCCGUACGAGCGAUACGAUAAAGGCCGCAACAUCGAGAAGAAGCAGUCCAAGCAGCCAAAAGACGAGCCAGUCGUUAAAGAAGAGGAGUUCGCAAGUGUAGCACCUCCGGACGACAUCCUGAUCAAACCCAGACGGAGAUUUAAAACCACUCUGACGCUCAGACAAAGGGCCGAGCAGUGGGAACAAAUCCGAAAGCUUAAGGAGAGGCAAAAAGUCUUCAAAGGAAGAAAACCAGGUAGGCCAAGAACAGUGAAGAAUCUCCUGGACAGCUCUGAAAAAGAAAAGACACAAAUUCUAACAUUCAAAAACAUCAAAAGUGAGUCUGUCAUUAAGGAGGAGAUGGAGGAACCUGUGGAGGAGAGGGUCGAGGGGUCAGUUAAAAUCAAGGAGGAGGUGGAGAGUGUCUUAGACAGUGAUUCCCACUCCAGUGUGUCAAGUGUGUUCAGCCAAUCAAAACUCUUCCAGCAGAACUCUUUACAAGGAUCAUCUAGUUCUAGUAUGAGUCACUCCAGGUCCUCAGAGAGAGGAACUCCUAACAUCCCGGUACCACAGGCAGCUAUGUUUUACCCACAGACUUUUAUUCCCCUGGGUGGACUUCACCCAAUGGGACUACCCCUUAUGAAUCAGCUACCCAUGGGGAUGCCAAGAUUUUAUCAUCAUCCGUCACAGAGUCCAACCUCAGCUGACAAGCAGCAUUCAUAUCGUCCAAACAUUCUCAGAAAUUCACAGAAAACGACGGAGAGCCGCCCAGCUCAUGUCCUAUCCAAACAGUCAAGCUUUCCCUCCUCUCAGUCCCUGGAUCCUGUUACAUCAUCAUCACAUACUCAGGGUCGGCAAUCAAGAAGCAUGUCCCCGGCUUCAACAGCGAGGUCUUCCCCCCAAACUCUAAUGGUGCCCCCAGCCCACUCCAAUGGACUCAAGAGGUCUUACUCAUCAAAUCCACUCCACGGUCCUAAUGCUUCAGGAGCAAAUUUUGCUGCCAAUAAGUCAUUGUUGUUUGAUUUUGAAAGUCCCAAACGUCAAAAGUUGGACACCUCUACUGACAGCAAAAGAGAGUGCUCUGAUGAGCCUACUGAUUUAAGUAUGAAAACUCUGAAAAAGAGAGCGACUACAGAAACUGGUGAAGGGAGCUUUACUCCCAGUCAAUCAUGGGAGAUUUCUGAAAAUCCAGCCAAGCGGGAGAGGUCGCCUGCCCAGAGUCGGCCCCCGGUCCAGACUAGUCCAGCAGGAUUGGAACAUCCGAGUGAUAUUCCCCCUAGUGUGUUCAGUAAACAUCCAUCUUCUGUGUUCAGUCCAGCCACUUUUCCGAGUAGCAAUAUGGUGGAACUUGGAAAAGUACCAUCAUCCUCUUCACAAUCUCAGGACAGACCAAAAUCCAUUAAACAGGAAGAUAAGUCUCAGGAACCUCGACUAUCCAAGAGUGCUAUCAGGGGUUCCGAGUCUUUGAGUCAGAACAUGAAGGUCAAUCUACCUGAGCUCCCACCUGGAAUGGUCCAUCCCGCCUUCUUACACCCAAUGAUGCGUCCCUCAGUGCCUCUCCCCCAGGCUGGGUACUUCCCGAUCCCCCUACAGCUACAACAUCUGUAUCAGGCUCAGCUCCGAGCUAGUGCUGCCUACGAUGGCCUGCUACAACGAGAUCACAAUGCAUUUAAUGGCAGUCCCCUCUCUAUGUUCGUUCCCCAAAUGCCACUGUAUUCACAGAGAGAGAAAAAGUGACCAUGUGCAAUGUUUAUUAUCAGUACCCAGAGCUUUUGAUAAACAGAAUAUUGGAACUUUCAAGUACUUUAUGAAGAGAAAUGUGAUAUACCUCAUUUACAUAGAUAGUAUUCUCAUUGCCUGUUGUAUAACAGUCGAGAUGAAGUACAUUGUCAUUUAUUCCAAAGGAAACACAGAAAAACUGUCAGAUGCUGUGGAAGUCGUCAUUUCUCGACAUUUACCGGUACUUAUGUGUCAUCCAAAUUUCCUCAAGAAUAUGGCAAAAUAUGUGCGGCGAUGGGUUUUUUCUGCUACACCUGAUGGUUCAUUUAGAGAUGUACUAUAUUGUGAGGGUUCAAUAUUUUUGUUACUAUUGUCACCUGUUUAUCAUGUUUAAAUGUAUGUUGAAUUUUCUAUUGUCAUAUAUAUUAUAUGUAUGCAUGUAGCAUUUCUUGUUUUUUGUUUAAUUUUUUUAUAUAUAUAUAUAUAAAAUGUUGAUACUAAUUAUACCAGCAUAAUACACAGAUUCCGAUGCUUUAGAACGAGUUUAGUUUGUAGAAAUUGUUUGGUUGAUGAUGAGAUUAGAAGGGCUGAAAGCUGUUAUCAAUAAAGCAAAACUCGCAUAGGUCUGUUAAAUUACCAUGGCAACUGAUGUCUAUUAUGUGCACAGUACGAUGAAACUUGCAUGUAGAAUAAAGUACAUGUCAAGAAUAAAAACACGCAGUAUAAAUUACAGAGCAAAAACAAUGCUGAAACCAAUUUACACGUAAUUAUUAUCAGUAUGAAAGGUUUGUAUAGUACAGUUUUUGGGUUUUUUUUGUUUUAGCAAAUUUAAAAGUCAUGUCGAUAAGCAAUUGCAAAAUAGAAGAAAUUCAGUGAAUUUAUCUUUCAUUCUCUCUCCCUCUCCACUCCACGAACCCUGUUGAGAGUGAGGAAUCUAGAAGAGAAUACAUGUUAUUGUAUAGGCAAGAUAUGUACUAUAAACGGCAGUUAUAUGGACAUUUAUAAAAAUUUAUCUAACACCCUCAUUCGAAUUGUGCAAAAACCUUUUUGAGAGAGAAUAUCAGCAUGUCCCCAUACCACUUGUCUAGUAUCUUGUAUACAAAACUUUCAUGUUUAAGGGGACGUAACUGAAAAGAAUUUUUGUUCUCAUAGCUCACCCCUGCCCAUACAACGCAGGUCUAAUGAUUAGAAAUGGUCCUCACUUUACACGUUUUAUCAAUUUUCUCUCUCACAAUGAAAUGCUGUAGUUCUACGUUGUACACAGAAGAAAUGGAAUUCUUACAGACCACAUGCAGUUAAAGCUUUUGGUAUUCUCUUUAGUGUUUAUUACUGUUAACCUUAAUUAGUAUAGAUUUUAUAUUUAACUUUAUUUGCCCUUAUAGCUUACAACUGAAUGAGUCCCAAAAAACAUGCAACAAGAAAUAUUGUAACAUAAUUUUUUUGUCUUUCUUGGAGUCUCUAUUGUUUAAUUUUUCUGUGGUUUUUUUUAGGUGUUUUUUUUUGGUGGUUUUUUUUUUGAUGUAUGACAUAUUUUACCAGAUCUGCCUUGCCUUAAGUUCUAUGGAGAAAAUUAAGAACUAACAAUUCAGCAAUAAUCGGAUUCAGGAGGACAUAUGAUAUUACUGAGAAUUUAAGGUGAUAUGCCUAUGAAGUGCAAUUUUCAUAUAAAAUCAUUACAGGUGGUUACCAUAUCAAAUCUUUGUGUCCCUGCAAAACUUUAAGUGGCUAAAGUCUAAAAAUCAAUAAACUCCAUCAAAAUUGAAACGGUGUAUCCAUACUUGAUAUAUAUAUAUAUAUAUAUCUACAUCUCAUCUGUAUAUUUUGUUUUGCAACAAAACUGAGUAACAGAAAAUAAAGAAAUCAAAAUAAGGAA